GACAAACAUGUCCGACUGUGGAGUAAAAUCUUUAUCCAGUAGAUUAUUAAUUGAUUGUUGCUUUAUCGAAUUCCAUAAAAUCAGAGAAGUGCAUAGUGUUUCAAGUUUGGUAAAUGCUUCGACUGGUUGGGAGUAACAAAAAUUUUAUCAACUUCAACUACAGGUUAUGAAACUAUGGAUGAAGACAAAGUCGUCAGUUCUCCUGACAGAGAGAACGAUGAAUUCAGUAGAACCAUUGGCCGAACUACAUUUCAACAUUCUUGGGACGUCGCUGUGCCAGGCGAAGAAGAUCUGCCGCUUUUACCAAAGUCGGAUGAAAAACCAGAGACUGUCGAUACAGACUCUGAAAAGAGUACUACAUUAGACAACCCAGCGGAAAAAGAGCCUGAAGUUCUUAUUCAAUUUGAAAAUCAGGAGGAAAAAUUGUACGAAAAUGAAGAUUCCUGUGACUAUGAAGAUUCCUAUGAUUAUGACGAUCAAUAUGACUACCAUAACACGUAUGGAUAUGAUGGAUCUUAUGAAUAUGAUGGAUCAUACGAUUACGAAGAUCCUUAUGGACUAAAUCCAAUGAUGUUAGGGAGAAAUAAUAGAUUACCAACUAGUAAUAAUGGGUCCCAUAUUAAUCCAAGAUUACCGCUUGGAAAUCUUCAUCACUUACCUCCCCCAAGUUUUUGGGCCAAUACUCCACCUCCUAGAAUGAUGGGUACAAUGCGAAUGCCGAGAUUUGGAGCUCAUAUGUCAAUGGGUCAGCCACUAGGGCCAAGAGGAUCGAUGUUACCAUUUAGGGGUCCGAGACCACCAAUGGUAACAAACGCCUUGCCUAGUACUAGCACGAGUCUUUCUGCAAACGCUACUGCCAAUGAGAGUUCCACAGUUAAUUCACAGAGUCCGCAACUUCAGAAUAUUCUGAAUCAAGCAUCGCUCAUCAUGCAAAUACAAAAUCCAAACUCAUCGAAUUCAGGGACCUCGCAGACUUUACAUUCAAGUUAUCUUCCAACUAGUAGUCAAACUCCUGGAUAUGGAGGAAGCUAUCCGAACUCACUAAAUUCUAAUUUUCAGUCACAUCUUUCUUUCAAUACUACUUUGGAUUCGUCAAAUUACAAAGCCUCGAUAGAUUUACCCUCAUCACCAAAAGCUCCAGGUACAACACAAGAGUCCGACCUUUUGGGACGAAGUGACAAUGCUUAUUCCCCUGACGAUCCAACCCCAGAUGAAACUGUCUCCUCUGAACCUGACGGUAACCAGCUAGUUCAAAGUACACCGGUGAUUGACGUCUCAGACAUUCCGACACCACAGACGCCGGAGAAACUUGAAAAAAUUGAAAAUACAGAAAAAACUGACAAACCAGUAGCAAGAAACACUGUAGAGGUUGUUGAAUCUACUAGUGUUGUGGAGGGUCCUAAAAUGAUAAAGCCUGUUUUGGGUAAAGCUCAAGCUAAAAAACGUCUUAUGGCAUUUGCAAAUAAAUUUGGUGUCCUUCCCAAAGUUCAACCUGUCAAGCCCAAGGCAAGGAUAGAAACUACUGUGGGAAAAUCUGAGACUAUUUCGAAGCAACAGAGUUCAGAUGGUUCGAGGGCAAGGACAGAGAAAGGCAAAGGCAAAGGUAAAGAUAAGGCAAAAUCUUUACUUGAUGAAGUGAAUGAUGCUAAAUUGAAAAUUGAAUCAGCCUUGGAAGCACAACAGCAGCACAGCAGUAGCGGAAAGUCCAAAAAACAUCACGAGGACAGAGUUCCAGCAAUCGAGGAAAUUGUCAGAGAAGAGUCAAUGACUAAGGGUUUACAAGAGUAUAAUAACCUUACAAUGAACACUGAAAGAGAGUCGAGUGGGCGUGGCAGUAGUGGUGGAAAAGGAAGGUGGAAAAAAUCACGUCACAAUCAUUCUGACGAAGAAAAUGAUCAUGGUUUAACUCCGCUCAGGAAAUUUUCAGAGAGAAGGAGGCGUCACAGCAGAGAGCGUGAUAAGGAUUAUAAAUCCAAGGAUGAUAAAGGUAUAAAGGAUCAGUUAACUCAUAAGAUUUCCCAGGAUAAGGAUUCUCGCAAAAGAGAAAAAGAGAAGAGUAGCAGGGAAAGUAGAAAAGAAAGAAAAUCAAAGGAGAGAGAUCGCAAGAAUUUCUGCAAUUCCCCAGCAGUUCGUUUAUCCAAAGAAAUUGAAAAAGACAGGGAAAAGGAAAAAGCAAAGGUGAAGGAAAAGGAAAGAGAAAAGGAGAGAGAAAAAGAAAGAGAAAAGGACCGGGAAAGGGAGAAGGAAAGAGAAAAGGAGAAGGAGGAAAGAGAAAAGGAAAAAGAAAAGGAAAGGGAGAAGGAACGAGAAAAGGAGAGGGAGAAGGAAAGAGAAAAGGAAAGGGAAAGAGAAAGAGAAAGAGAAAGAGAAAGAGAAAGAGAAAGAGAAAAAGAAUUUGCAAGAUCUAAAAAUUGGAUGGAGUUGAAAAAAUCUUGGCUUUCUCUGGAAGAAAUAGUUAAUCGACGAAAGGAAGAUCGAUUAAUAAAGAACAGAACAGCACAAGAUUACGCACAGCAUUUCGAUCAGAUGUUGAUGAUAGGUGAAUAUAAUUUAAAGCGUUAUCCUAUCAUAAUUGAAGGACAGGAAGGACCGCGAGAAUUUCCUCCAGAGUCCGUCCGAUUAACUAAAAGAGGACGAGGACCUCCAGUACUAUUCUCUGAAAAUCCUCGAGUAUCGUUGCUACUAAAUCGUCAACAGCUUUUCCAAGCCGUUUCCUCUGAUCGGCGAGACAAGAUGCGACAGAUAUGUGAAGCAAACCAUAUCCAUGUUAAUUUGACUGAAGUGGAUGAAGUGGAUCAAUCCCGAUAUUGGUACAAGAGAAUGGAAAAUGUAAACUUGUUAGAAAAAGUUACAUUGCCAGAAGAAGAUGAUGCUCCAGGCCCUAAGUGGGAAAGUGACAUUACAGUUGUGUCCCUCGAAGAAAAGAGAAAUGUUUUUGACGUAGUUACAGAAGAGGCUGUAGGGAAGAAUGUCGUACUUCAACGGGAUGUCAGAGAUAUUGAUGAAGUAAAAAAACUUGGAGACCCAAAUGUGAAAGAAGGUAUUUUUGUCAUUAAAUUAUCUGAAGAACCUCCUGCGCAGUACUAUAGCCGCUUGCGUAGAUUGCCGAUUGACAAUAAGUUACCUUCUUUUCAGAGUCCGCGUGAUGUAUAUGUACAUCUUGAAUCAACUAAACCUGUUUCUGUCACAGGGAAGGAUGAUCGAGAGUUGUCACCUUCUGAUAAUGCAGGGGACCAGAAACUUGUCUCGGAAUACGAACAGUUCAUAAAAAUGGUCAGCAAUGAUGUUCCUGUGUCAGCCACUAACUCUGAUAAAAUAACUUCAAAUGAUUCGGUUCACUCUUCGUCAUCAUACAGUAAACCUGAUUUGAAACAAUCUACAAACAGUAAUACCAGGGUUUUAUCAAAGAUGGGUAAAAUGAAUGAGGAUAUCCCACUGAAUGAUACACCCAAUGACAUAGAUGUCAGCGACGUAGAAAGUGCCAAUAAAUCUGACAGAUCUCUGGAAUCGACUUUAGUAGCUGAAACUGAAUCGAAGAAGUCUAAGAACGUAACGGCGACAGAAAUUGGAUCGGAUAGAGAUACAGAUGUUGCAAGCAGUAGCAAAGAAGACUCCGACGCGUCUCAAUCAAUUCCUAGUGAUUGGGAAAAUGUUAAGAUCAAAGAAGAAAGACUUAGCGAUGGAAGUUUGGAUAACAAACACUUCAAGAAAAAAAAGAAACGUCGAAAAUCAAGUAGUGAUUCCUCUUCGUCAUCAUCAUCAUCUUCAUCUUCUUCAUCAUCAGAUUCUUCAGAAUCUGAGGAAGAUGACGAAAAGGAGAAAAGAAGAAGAAAGAUGAAAAAAAGCAAAAGUCAAAAUAAGCGAAAAGUAAUUCGAAAGAGAUCGAAGAAGAAAGCCAAAUCAAGUUCAGACUCUGAUAGUAGUGAGGAUCAAUCAAGUGAAUCAUCAAGUGAGGAAGAAAGAAGAUUGAGAAGCAGACGAAAACGAAAGUUGAAAAAAAAGGGAAAAAAAGUAAUUGUUAAAAAGAAGCGCAAGCGGAGAAUAAAAACUGACUCUAGUAGCUCUGAUUCGGAUAGAAAAUUGAAACGAACCAAGAAAAAGGAGGAUAAGCAAUCCCGAAAAAAACAAAAAGAGAAGACGAAAAUCUUGGAAAACAAAGGUGAACUGUUGAAAAAAAAGUCUGUAGAUGUGAGAAAGAGUGAGAAAAAGAACACCGGCAAUGACAGAAAAGAAUCAGCAAAAGAUAGUAGAGGAGUUAAAGAAGAAAAGGUUGAUUUUAAAAAAGGUGAUGUGCCAUUCCAUGAAACAGACUUGAUUGAGAACAUGUCUGUCCAUCGGAAAAAUCGUGUCCGAGAAUGUAGCCACGAUGAUAAUUUAAUUGUAGCAGAAGAGGCAAACAAGUUGGAUAGUGAAGAAAUCCUAUCCGCACCGAAACGGGAUCCAAGAAAAAGAGCUGGUGAAAAAGAAAAGAAAAACGAUAGAACUCAUGAUAAAUUUUUACAGGAAUGGGAAAAAGAAAGUAUGCGAAUGACCCAACAGAUUAUGCACGGAGAAGAAAUUUCAGUGCAUGAUCUUGAUAAAAAAAAAGGACGGAGCAUGAAUGAAAACACUAUCGGAGAACCGUUCAAUAUUCAACAAGAUGAUAAGUUGAAAGAACAGGUAAAAGAAGCUAAACUUUUGGAAGAAUGGGAAAAAGAAAGUGUUCGAAUGACGCAGCAAAUAAUGCAGGAAGAACCAGUAUUCAAAGAAACUACAAAUAAAACAAGAAAAAGCAAGAAAAGUAGUAGCGAGUGGGAAGAAGACGACGAUUUUGCUUCAACCGACAAUUCAAGCAUUCCACCGAUAUCAGUACUAGAUCAAUUGAAUAAACGAAAAGAACGCCUAACCGAUGAAUGGGAGGUCGACAGCUUGGAAGAGAACCGAGAAGUAAAUGAGAAAAAGAAACCUAAGCUGGAGAGAAAAAUCGAGAAAGAUAUAAAAUAUGAUGAAAAGACAGAUACCUAUAUAGCUAUUGAAAGAGAAAUUGGCAAGGAUCAUAAGAAGAAACAAAACAGAUUGCCAGCCCUCAGAAUAUGGGAAGAUGAGGAAGAAGAAGGAGAAAAGGAGGCAAUGAUGCUGAUUAAAGAAAAAUUUAAACACACAAAAAAAGGUGAACCAAAAAGCAAAUGGGACUUGGAUGACUUGGGUGAAAACGUCGAAACUGGAGGAGAAUGGAGAAAUGCGGAAAAAUUAGAAGAUAAUCAGAAACUCGCAAGAAAUUGGGAAAUUGAAAGAUGUGACCGUACUGACUGGAUGAAUAAAGAAGACAAUCUGGAAGAUACAAAAAAUAAGAAACGUAGAAGCGACAUGCAAGAUAAUAGACGGUUUAAAGAAUAUUAUCAAGACAAUCGUAAUACUACUGACCAAACUAAAGCUGAACUCAGUGGAAAAGUAUCACCCAAUGACUGGAUAAUUAUGGAGGCUGAAGAUGUAUCAAGCAGUAAGUCUUAUUCCAAUACAACUGGCGGCCUGACUCCUAGAAUAAAAUUACAUGAAGGCUUUAACAUUGAUGAAAAAUCUGAGAAGAUGAAAUUCCUUCAACACAGCAGUAGGAAGGAAUGGGAAGACAAUGAUAAGACUAGCGAUUGGGAGGAGGCAGAAGAGAUUACCAGUAAAAAAAUUACUACUUCUGAUAUUGCUACGGACCCUAUUAGUGGCUGGAGCAAAUCUGUUGAUAAAAGUACACUGGAUGAGGGUGGGAGUUCAAAGAUCACUGAUUCAAGUCAACAAAUCAAAACUAAUUUUUAUGAACCAAAGAAGGAUAAAAAAAGCCGAUGGGAUGUUGAAAAUUCGAUCAAUUACAGUGAACCAAAUGAACAACUAGAACUCCAAAAGAGUGAUUCGGAUAAACUACUAUUGAUAAAAUGGGAAGAGGAACAUAAUGAUUGGAUCAAAAGUACAAUGCCAGCUCAAGAUCAAUUUACCACUAAGUCGGCAUCACGCGAUAAUGAUUUUGUACAUUCUACUUUGGCAGAAAAUGAUACAGCUUCAAAAUUGGUAACCGAAGAUAAAACGAAAAAACGGUAUAAGGAAUCUAAUGAAUUAUGUGAAUCGUAUGACAUGAUAACUUCUAAAAAGAUUGAUUACACAAAACAUUCUUCAGAAAGCCAUAAGUUUUCUGAAAAAAUUUGGAGCAAUGAAAAUGAGAAAAAAACCCACAAUUCUCUGAGUUCCUUAAUACAAUUGAAUUUCAAACAUACUCGAUCUGCUUCAUCUGAUCAGGAUUCUGACAGUUCAGACGUUACUUCGGAAGAGACUAACUCUGUGGAUGCAAACUCAUCCAAGUAUAAUAAGAACAAUUUGGAAUUGUAUAGUCCAAGCUCGCCAGCUCUUUCACACAGGUCUGAAGAUAUGGAUAUUUCAAGUGGAAGUAAUGAAAAUCAGCAAAAGGAUGACGUAUUGAUAUCAAAUAUUCCAUUACCGUCGGAUGAAUUUCCAGUUAUGUUUGGAUGUCAAGUUGCUAGUAUCCCAAUGCCUGUUUCUCCCCCAUCUCAAAUUUCUAGUGUCCGCACUAACAGUGGUUCCGAGCGCAAGAUUAGUGUCACCGUUUUGAAAGAAUCGGAGAAACCUACCCAAAAUUUACAAAUUGAAAUCAAGACCAAUGAGAAUACUAAUUCUCCGAAAGCUGGAUACAACUACACUGGCAUUAGCCUAAUGCCCACUGAUGAGAAGUCAAAAUGGGAGUCUGAAGAUAGUAAUUUGAAGAAACUGAGCUCUGAACAUUCUGACAAAUCGUCUGUCUCAAGUACUAGCGCAGAAAUCAGUGUCGAAAAAGACACUAACAAAAAGAGUGUAGACAUAUUUGCUGAUUUUGAAUCAAGCAGUGACUCUAAUGAAAAAUCUGAGUCAGAAAAUGAUUUGAUAAGUAAUAAUGUAGAACUUGAUCAGAAGGAAGAUCAACUCACAUCUCCUUUAAAAUUAAUUCCAAAACAAAUUUUGAUUCAACGUAACUCUGAAUUCAGAAGCAAAUCAAUUUUGGAGGCACAAAAAGCAGACAUAAUUCAAGGUACUAUUUCAUUCAAAAUUCAGAAAAAAGUUCUGCAAACAAAUGUUUUGCCCAGCGAUGAGAAUGAAGACACAUUAGAUGAAGUUGAAAGACAGUAUAAGUCAGAGAAUCAAUAUAUUGAUAACAGGGCGGAUAUCAUGCAAAAACUUGUAGUUGACGAUUUAGCGGGAGUCGAACCGGUAAAGUUAAAUCCUAUGAAACCUAAGAUAGAAAAGGAUGCAUUAGUCAGGAUAGAGGAAAAAAGAACAGCACCUUGUAAACAGUUCAUGGAAACGUCAAGUCCCAUGGUUGAUAGAAGCAUGUCAAAGUUCCAAGAAUCAGAGAGAACGGAUAGUGACAAGUACAACGAUUUUUUUAUUGAUAAACGAGAUGUUGAGAAGCCUAUUAGACGUUCGUUCUCUAGAUCCCGAUCUUGGUCUCGGUCAUCACAUUCACGAUCGCGAUCGCGAUCGCGAUCAAGAUCACAAACGAGAACACGAUCACGAUCACGUUCUCGAGAUCGCAGAAAGAAGAGUCCUGAAAGAAGAGAGAGAGAUAGGUGGGGUAGAGAAGAUCGAAGACGAACUAGAGGAAUUGAAACAAGAGAAAGGGAUAAAUCAAGAAAAAGGGAACGGCUUGACACUCCGACUCACGAAAGUAGAAUUAGAAGUAACAUCAAAUAUUCUGACAGAGCAGAGAGUCGUAGACGAAGUAGCCCAAGCAAAGGCAGACUUGGUGACAGACGAAACCGUUCGAAAAGUCCUAUUAUAAGUAAACGUACGGCUGACCGGAGCAGAAGUCGUAGUCCAAUGAGUAGACGAGAUCGUGACAGGAGUCCAAAGAGACGAGUGGAUGGAGAUAAAAAGAUGACUAAAUCGAAUGACAGAUCGGAUGGAAAGGAUGACAAAGAUUUCUUCAAAGACGACGAAGUUUUUUCGGCUCAAUUAAAAAUUUCUGAGGAUAGAAGGGAGAGAAUCAUCAAAAGUCCAAUUAGAUAUCCAGUUUUAAGUCCUGGGGAUAAUAACAGUAGGAAAUACGGAAGUGCAGAACGUAAGAUGGAUAAGGAAAGGGAUCGAGGGAGGUACAGGGACAGUAUCGAAAGAGAUAGAGAGAGAUCUUAUGACCCUAUGGAAAUACUCAGAGAAAAGGGCUUUGAAAUGGAACGACAACGUAAGAGUUUCAAAUUCUUCAGAUUAAAUGCAGAAACUGAAGAUAGAAAGCAUAACUGGAAAUAUGAGGUUGAUGAUGAUAGAGAUAAAGAUACUUCUAGACGUUUGUUUCCAAAUGAGUUUGACCUUGAUUUUGAAGAGGAUCGUUUGGGUAGAGCUGGUGAUAGCUUGGAUAGAGAGAUAGUGGAAGGAUCUAUUAAAUCACUCUCAUCGGCUAGAGCAAGACACAGUGAAUACAACAGGGAACCAAGCGUAGAAUCACGAUUGAAACGGAGCAGGGAAAAAGGUAGGGAUAGAGAAUCUCCAAAUUGUGAAGUACGUGAAGGUAGAUCUUAUUCAAGAUCGAGAUCUCCACCUCGACUAGCGCACACUAGGACAUCAGUAGACCGAUAUAAGACUUCGCGUAGGAGUAGGUCAAGGUCUCGGACUCCAGAGAGAAAUAUGAGGUCUGCAACACGGCUACAUAGAUCAAGAUCUGCAUCCCUUGUAAGAGACAAAGAUGAUUCAUCGUUACAAGAAAGUUGUACUGCUGGUAGACGGAUAGAAACCAUUGUACAAUCAGUAUCUACUGUAACAGGGAUUACAGGAGUUAUUCCUGACUCUACGAUAUCUGAUUCAGAGCUUCUGCCAAGCAAUGAAUGUGUGAACCAUGACAGCUCAUUGCGAUAUGCAAAUAAUCCCAAUACCAGUACAAAUGAAUACUAUUAUUACUCGGAAGGAAAUUUAACGUAUCCUCCCCGCAUAGAAGAGUCCUCUCAUCAACCAGCUGCCAUUGGAAUAAGUUCUCCUAAGCGUCUUUCUCUUGAUGACAGGUUGGAAUUAGAACUGGGAAUCAAAAAGAAGCAACAACAACAGAUUCCGCUCACUGUACAGGAUAGUCAACAUGUCGGUUAUCAUCCUGCAGCCUUUUCUACUAAUAUUGCAACUUAUCCAUCUAUGCCUCCUACCCCGAUACCACCACUGCAACAACAAUCUUAUCAACAGCAACAACCGAAGGUGCUUCAGGUUGGUAAUGUUCUGCAAGUUAUACCAUCGGAAUUUACCAGUAUUACUACUCCGCAACGAGAGUUAUCUGCUAUUGGGGUAAACAAUUCUAGUCACGUGGUACGUGUAGGUAAUGUUCUUCAAGUUGUUCCAACAACUCUUGAUUGGGCUGCUGGACCUUCUUCGGAUACAAUAAGCUCUGCAUAUCAUCGCCCUUGUCAGUCUACUACUCCUAUUGGAGUUCCACCUCCAUCGCCUGCAAUAACUCUAUUCCCUGCUAGCAUCACUUCGCCUAUUCCCAUAUCUAGGCCAGCAGUAAUUCCACCAGUGGUUCAACCGAUUUAUAAUUAUGAAGCGAUCUUGGAGGAGCGUAAAAAAGGGCGGGAGGAGCGGAAGAAACUUAGGGAAGAACGUAGGAAGGAGAAAGAAGUGAUGAGAAUUGAGAGAAGAAAACGGCGUGCAGAACGUCUUGUGAAAAAAAAUCUCACCCUCCGUCAGCAGGAAGGGGCUACUUUUCAGCUGCUACAUGCGCCAUCCCCGCCUACUCUGACCUUUACUGGAGGAGAAGAUGAAGAAGAUGAGGAAUUAGUUUCUAGAGAUAAUUCAUUACCUAUCUGUGACGGUGAUCAGUUUCAACAAAUCCAACAAUCGGAAGAACAAAUUGACGAAACUGUCGAAGGAUUAACCGAGGAGGCCAUGAAAGAAGCAAAGGAUGGCAAAACCGACUGGCUGCCUCUUUUACCACCACCAGCGAAAGGCAUUUUAAUAUCUCCUGGUUUUGGAAGAGAGUCUAUGUCAAACGGGAAUCCAGGAUAUCUGUUUGAUGUAGAUGAGGACGAUAAUGACCAGGUGCCAGAUGAGGAACGAGAACAUUUAGAUACUGGUACCGAUACUGAAUUUGCGUUUACUGAAGAACAAGUAGAGAGACAGCUCCAAGCAAUAAUGGAAGAAUCAAAAACCAAAGAUGCAUCUAUUGCGGGACGAUCGCGCGAGGAAGAGAAAGAUGUUGAAGUUCGGAAAAGGAGGAUUUUUAGAAGGAGGAGUAGAAAGUCUGUACAGUUUGCCGAUGGGGUGAGGCCAGGAGAAGGAACCAGUCCUAGCGGCGGUGAGGGCGAUAUGCCGUCUCCACCACCGCCGAUAUCCGUAUUGCCUUUGCGGAACAGCAAUAUUAUAAACCAUAACGCUCUGCGAGCGGCCGAGAAAAAGAUAAAGGUUAAAAGAUCGAAGAAAAAACAUCAGAAGGUCAAACCACCCAAAACGAAGAAGAAGGUCAAGGUAAAAAUUAUAAAAUUGAAAAAAUCUCGGGUGACUGUUCCUUCUCCACUGAUAAUUGAGGAUUUGGACGAGCUGGACGAACGAUCGCCGCCUCCUCCUCCGCCGGGAUCUCCACCACCGCCGCAUCUUUGGCCGUCUUAUCUUGCGGCUUACAAUGGAGCGGUGAAUUUGAAUCCCAUAAAUACCGAACCUUUGCCUCCUCCUGCAACUCUAGCUUCACCACCGCCAACCCCACUUCCUCUUUUGAUUCCUCCACCUCCUUUAAACUAUACAAUUCAACCCUGCAACAAGACUUAGAAAUAAUUUAUUGCGUUCCUUCGUAAAAUUUACUUCUGCUUCUAUCCCACAUUAAUAACUUUUAUAAACCAUCCUUGGUUUCGGCUGAUGAAAGAUUGUCAAAGUUGAUCCCAAUUGAUGAACUUUUGGCAAAGUACGUAGUUUAGUGAGAGUGAUAUAUUAUAUAGUAAUGUAUGGAUAAUUAAGUUUAACUUAUAGUUGUUAGGAUCGUAUAUUUCGUGUAUUACGAAUGUUAUGAUAACUGAUAGUAAAUUCAUAUUAAAAUUUAAAA